AUGAAGGGGUUUCUGGAGAGCGAAAGAUGGAUUAAAAGUCCAAAAUUCCUGUGGCGGGACGAGAGUGAAUGGUAUGAGAAAGACAUAGGACAGUUUACCUUGAAGAAUACUGAUCCAGAACUGAAAUGCGUCCUGGCUACAGAAGUUAAACCCGUUGAUCCCUUAAGCCGAGUAAUAGAGCGUUGCUCGUCAUGGAGCAAGCUGAAAAAGUCCAUUGCCUGGAUCAUGGUGGGAAUGCAAAACUUGCAAAUGCGUGUUGCUGUUCGCAAGGGAAGAUUACCAGAAGGGCAGAAACAGCAUGGAAAUCUAUCAGUUCAAGAUAUGAGGAGGGCGGAGGAAGCAUUGGUAAGGUUCGUUCAGAAAGAGCAUUGGCCAAACGACAUUGCUUCACUUCAUAAGAAAUCAUCAUCGCUUAGGAGGCCUGAUCCGGUCAUAAAGAAUAAUUAUUGUGUGUUGGUGGUAGACUCCAAAGAGCAAACAUUGACGUUAUGUCUAAACAUCAAGUUCUAUUACCAAGAAACUCUCAUGUAUCAAGGUUGA